GGGCGGGCGGGCGCUGCGGCGGCGGAGACUGCUGCUUCCUCGGGCCAUUUUGCUGUGGAGCGACGGGGAGGAGGAGCUGCGGCGGAGACCCCGGGCGAGGAGCGGCGGCCGCGCGCGCACCGGGCUUUCCGCAAUUGCGGGGAUCUCGAGGGCGAGGGGAUCGCCGGAGGGGGGGCCGGAGAGCCGCGCCCGCCGCUCGGAGCGCCCCUGCCCGCCCCCUGCACCAUGAGCUGGGGCACCGAGCUCUGGGAUCAGUUUGACAACUUAGAAAAACACACACAGUGGGGAAUUGAUAUUCUUGAGAAAUACAUCAAAUUUGUAAAGGAAAGGACAGAGAUUGAACUCAGCUAUGCAAAGCAACUCAGGAACCUUUCAAAGAAAUACCAACCUAAAAAGAACUCGAAGGAGGAAGAAGAGUACAAGUAUACGUCAUGUAAAGCUUUCAUUUCCACCCUGAACGAAAUGAAUGAUUACGCUGGGCAGCAUGAAGUUAUCUCCGAGAACAUGACCUCACACAUCAUUGGGGACUUAGCACGCUACGUUCAGGAGCUGAAACAGGAGAGGAAAUCGAACUUUCAUGAUGGGCGUAAAGCGCAGCAGCACAUAGAGACUUGCUGGAAGCAGCUCGAAUCCAGUAAAAGACGAUUUGAACGAGACUGCAAAGAGGCUGACCGAGCACAGCAGUACUUUGAGAAAAUGGAUGCUGACAUCAAUGUCACAAAAGCAGAUGUUGAAAAGGCCCGACAACAAGCUCAAAUACGUCACCAAAUGGCAGAGGACAGCAAAGCAGAUUACUCAUCAAUUCUUCAGAAAUUCAACCACGAGCAGCAUGAAUAUUACCAUACUCACAUACCUAACAUCUUUCAGAAAAUACAGGAGAUGGAGGAAAGGAGGAUAGUGAAAAUUGGAGAGUCCAUGAAGACGUACGCGGAGGUGGAUCGGCAGGUGAUCCCCAUCAUCGGGAAAUGCUUGGACGGCAUAGUAAAGGCAGCUGAAUCAAUUGAUCAGAAAAAUGAUUCACAACUGGUAAUAGAAGCUUAUAAAUCAGGGUUUGAGCCUCCCGGAGACAUUGAAUUUGAGGAUUACACUCAGCCAAUGAAACGCACUGUGUCAGACAACAGCCUUUCAAAUUCCAGAGGAGAAGGCAAACCGGAGCUCAAGUUUGGUGGCAAAUCCAAAGGAAAGUUAUGGCCGUUCAUCAAGAAAAAUAAGCUUGUGUCCCUUUUAACAUCCCCCCAUCAGCCUCCCCCUCCUCCCCCUGCCUCUGCCUCACCCUCUGCUGUUCCCAACGGCCCCCAGUCUCCCAAGCAGCAAAAGGAACCCCUCUCCCACCGCUUCAACGAGUUCAUGACCUCCAAACCCAAAAUCCACUGCUUCAGGAGCCUAAAGCGUGGGGGCACGACACCAGAGGAUUUUAGCAACCUCCCACCUGAACAAAGAAGGAAGAAGCUACAGCAGAAAGUCUGUGAACUAAAUAAAGAAAUUCAAAAGGAGAUGGAUCAAAGAGAUGCCAUAACAAAAAUGAAAGAUGUCUACCUAAAGAAUCCUCAAAUGGGAGACCCAGCCAGUUUGGAUCACAAAUUAGCCGAAGUCAGCCAAAAUAUAGAAAAACUGAGACUAGAGACCCAGAAAUUUGAGGCCUGGCUGGCUGAGGUUGAAGGUCGACUCCCCGCACGCAGCGAGCAGGCCCGGCGGCAGAGCGGCCUGUACGACAGCCAGAACCCACCAACGGUCAACAACUGCGCACAAGACCGGGAGAGCCCAGAUGGCAGUUACACAGAGGAGCAAAGCCAGGAGAGUGAGGUGAAAGUGCUGGCCACGGAUUUCGAUGACGAGUUUGAUGACGAGGAGCCCCUUCCUGCCAUAGGGACUUGCAAAGCUCUCUACACGUUUGAAGGUCAGAAUGAAGGAACCAUCUCUGUAGUUGAAGGAGAAACACUGUAUGUCAUAGAGGAAGACAAAGGUGACGGGUGGACCCGCAUUCGGAGAAAUGAAGAUGAAGAGGGUUACGUCCCCACUUCAUACGUUGAAGUCUAUUUGGACAAAAAUGCCAAAGGUGCUAAGACUUAUAUUUAAUACCA